UAAUAAACUAAAAAAUACUGGAAAGGAAAGAGGACCAGUCUUCUCUUUUGAUUUUGAGUUUACUUGUUGCAAAAACAUCUCGACAAAAAGCAUAUUUGUGCUCUCUUUGAUAAUUCCAAGGUUGCAUAUUUUCCUAUAUUAAGGAUUGUCCAAAGAAACAUUUAACUUAAAACAUUCCAAGUUGGGAAUUGCAAAUCUUGAAAUUCUUUUCAUUUGGUAACUCACAGAUCAGCAAUUUCAGGGUAAUUUCUCACUGGAAUCUCUUAACUCAUAUUUGGGGUAAGCAGAUGUCAUUCAACUGAAUCUGAAACGGAUUGUUGAGCUCGUGACUAAGAUGGGGACGCCUAUGAAACACAGCUCAAACUCGAGAAGACGGAAUGGCACGAUGAGGCUUUUUGUGACUACUUUUAUUGGAGUUGUAUUUGGGUUUUUCCUAGGUGUAACCUUUCCUACAAUUUCAUUGACCAAGCUGCCUUUACCUACUAAUCUUUUCCCAUCAUUUGAUCUACCUGACAUGGACGAGAAGUCCUCGGGCCUCUCGACACAAGCUCUAUUAAAUGUCUUGAAUUCCUUGAAGGGCCGCAUUGGCAAUUCACACAAGAAUGAUGGCCCAAAGAUUUGGGUUCCAUCAAAUCCCAGAGGUGCCGAGAUGCUACCCCCGGGCAUCGUAGAAUCUGAGUCUGAUCUUUAUACUAGAAGGCUGUGGGGCCUGCCCAGUGAGGACUUGAUCAUCAAACCAAGGUACCUUGUGACCUUCACAGUCGGCCUCAAGCAGAAGAAAAACAUUGAUGCAGCAGUGAAAAUGUUUUCAGAGAACUUCACCAUUAUGCUGUUUCACUAUGAUGGUCGAACAAGUGAAUGGGAUGACCUCGAGUGGUCAAAGCGGGCUAUCCAUGUCAGUAUACCGAAACAAACUAAAUGGUGGUAUGCAAAACGUUUUCUGCACCCUGACAUUGUAGCACCGUAUGACUAUAUAUUCAUCUGGGAUGAAGACUUGGGGCUCGAAAAUUUUAACGCGGACGAAUAUAUAAAGUUGGUGAAGAAACAUGGUUUGGAUAUUUCCCAGCCUGGUUUAGCACCAAACAGUGGGUUGACAUGGCAGAUGACAAAAGGGAGAAAUGACACUGAAGUUCACAAGGUAACAGAGGAAAAACCAGGCUAUUGCGCUGAUCCACAUUUGCCACCUUGUGCAGCAUUUGUUGAGAUCAUGGCACCUGUUUUCUCUCGAGAGGCGUGGCGAUGUGUUUGGCAUAUGAUCCAGAAUGACUUGGUCCAUGGAUGGGGUCUUGAUUUUGCUCUUAGGAGAUGUGUGGAGCCCGCACAUGAAAAGAUAGGAGUUGUAGAUGCUCAGUGGAUUGUACAUCAAACUGUUCCAUCUCUUGGGAGCCAGGGUAAAGCGGAGAAUGGCAAGGCACCAUGGGAAGGGGUAAGAGAAAGGUGUCGAAGAGAAUGGACUAUGUUUCAGGAUCGGAUGGCUACUGCAGAGAUGGCCUAUUACAUGGCAAUGGGAAUGGAUCCCCCUAAUUCCACAACUAAUUAGGUGGACACUAACUAGAUUAGAAUGCUUGUAGAAUUUCAGACUGCUUUUUGUGUGCAAAUAUCUAAUACUACUGGUUUAGAAUUCCAAGUGUGGUUAGAUAGAAAUAUAUGUACUCUCCUUGCUUUUGUAUUAAUAUAAUUCAUUUUUUUGUGUGUCA